GCGCCUUCCCCCAAAUUCACGACUUCGGCAUCAUCGCAUCAUUGCCUUGCAUCGGAAGGAUUUCUGCCGAACUCCUAAUGGGGAUUCUCUUCACUGAGCAGUGCGGGACAUCGCGCAGGCCACUGUGUCCCUGCUGCUCUCAGAGAUCUCUACACAGCCUAGGUAUUCGAUACGACAGAUACUCCCCCCGUGGGUUGCGAUAAACCGUGGGCAUUGUGAGGAUCCAACGUUCUGCUGGGCGCAAUGUCUGAAAAAGUACAAGGGGCAUUAGAUAUUGAGCAAGGCUCCCCUCGAACCCAAGAUGAAGAGCUAUACCAAGCAACAAAAGAGGCUGCACACAGGGAAGAAUCCGACUCGGUGCAUUCCGAAGCAGACAGAGAUGCGGGCAGCAUCCGCAGCAUAGGCGGCCAGACGAACGCUCUGUCACCCAAGCGAUUAGUGAUUGCUAUCCCGGCUCUGUCUGUUGCACUUUUCGUGUCAUUCAUCGACAGCACAAGUGUGUCUACGUCAAUCCCGGCAAUAUCAGCUGCCCUCAACACGGGAACGGCAACAUCCUGGAUUGGGAGUUCCUUCUUGGUUUCAUCGACCGCAUUCCAGCUCAUCAAUGGGCGACUUUCCGACAUUUUUGGAAGAAAGAAUUGCCUUUUGCUAUGCUUAGCUCUGCUGGCGAUAGGAGAUUUUGGCUGCGGUUUUUCACGCAGUCAAGGGAUGCUCUUCACGUUUCGCUCUAUAGCCGGUAUUGGGGGCGGUGGCAUCAACAGUCUCGCCAUGAUCAUCGUCUCCGAUAUCGUGACUAUUGAAGAUCGUGGCAAAUAUCAAGGCAUUUUUGGAGCCGUUAUCGCUCUAGCAAAUGGUACUGGACCAUUUGUCGGUGGUGCUUUGGUCGAUUCUGUGUCCUGGCACUGGGUCUUCUGGAUAGUGCCAAUGCUGGCUGUACCAGCCGCGCUUCUCAUAUUCUUCUUUCUACCUUUAAAGUACGAAAGAGCGAACUACAAGGAAAAAGUCAAGAAAAUCGACUACGGCGGUAUCUUCCUCAAUCUUGCCGCUGUCCUCCUCAUUCUUAUUCCACUGUCCGGCGGAGGCGUCCAGUACCCAUGGGACUCACCACUUGUCAUCGCAAUGCUUGUUGUAGGCGGGUGCACUGCUGUAGCCUUCGUACUGUACGAAUGGAAGAUUGCAGAGAUCCCUAUCAUGCCGGUUCGACUCGUCAAAUAUCCGUACUGCUGGUCGCUUUAUGCACAAAACUUCUUCACGGGCAUGUGCUUCUUUGGCAACUUCUUCUACCUACCCAUAUACUUCCAAUCCGUCCUAGGACUAUCAGCUUUGGUAUCGGGCGCGCUCCUUCUCCCACUUAUCUUGGCAACUUCCUUCACUGGAAUCGUCAGUGGCCAGAUCAUGUCAAGACGUGGACGCUAUCGGUGGAUCUGUGUGUCAGGGUUCGUCCUUUGGACACUGGGCACAGGUCUCAAAUGUGCCUUCAACCGCUCCACCAAGAUAUGGCAUAUUGUUCUUGUGCUUGUAGUCGAGGGAAUGGGCAUCGGCAACAUCCUGCAAUCAACACUCGUUGCCAUUCUCGCAAAUGGGAGCAACUCGGAUCGUGCUGUUGCCACUGGACUUCGCAAUUUCAUACGCACCAUCGGCGGCGCAUUCGGCCUAAUCAUUUCUGGAGCCAUUCUCGCCAAUAUAUUAGACACGCGGUUGUCACACCUUCCGUUCAUGACGCCAGAGAUUCUUCAGAAUCUCACUUCGUCGACUUACUCCUUGGACAAAUUAGGAUUUGAGAGGGAAGAGAUGGACCUUGUACUUGAUACCUACGUUGUUGGUAUCCGAUACAUAUACAUUCUAUAUGCCGCUUCUGCAGCGACAAAUCUGGUUUUGUGUGCUUGGAUUGGAAACACGAGCCUGAAGGUAAAGCCGACGACGACGGACAAAGUCGAAGUGCGCAAUGAGAGGGCACCUUCUUCUGUUGAGGAAGUGCUAGAAACAUCGAAGGAAGAAAAAGCAAAUGGCGAUUAAAAGAGCGAACAUUCUACGAAAGGAAUAGUUUGGAGUAGGCUCCCAUUUUGGUGGUAUGUGAGGACAGUUAAAACAUCAUUAUCUGGUGACCACAGCGUACUCGUUGUGUUUGAUUGCGCGCAAUUGGCUGAAACGGUAUUUUACUACUCGAGGG